AGGAGGACUGGCUUCUUGGGUGGGUUCCCUCUUUUGGCAUUGCCAGGCCAGAGUUUUUGGGUUGCCUCUGGAGCACCAUCAUCCCCAGGACACAUCUUACAGGUGAUAUUUGUUAUGCAGAGAAGUGAAACUGCGGGUACUGGUCCCAUGGAUACCAGGAUCAUACUGCAGUUAGCAGAGACCAGAAAUGAGAAAGCAAACUGAAGGACGGAGGAGGGGAUGAGAAUGAUGAAGGAGAACUGGAGAGGUGUAUGUAAGGUCAAGCAGGUGUUGGUGAAUGUGGGGGAGCAAUUACAGCCUCAGAGAACAGAACAUGAGCUGCCUGAGUGAUUUCUGUAUGGACAGCUGUGCAAGGAGCCAAACAUGAAGUCCUCGUUGCUUCCUUCCUCUUCUUGCCGGAUUCUCCAGAGCACCUGUUUUCACUCUUAGUUAUAAAAGCCAUUCUGUUAUUUUGACCAAACAGGGGGGAAAAGAGAGAACUGUGUUUUAUUUAAAAGAAAAAAAAAUUUUUGGCUCCCUGUGUAUAUAUACACUGUUUCUGCCAGCAUGAUUGUUGGUGAAGUCAUCAGACACUCUGAUCCUCAAAGACACAUUGAUCAAGUUUCGGUCACUCAACCCAGGAACCAAUUCCUCACAUAAUGGGAUCCAAAAGUGCCCACAAUGCCCAUCACUCCAGAGAAUGCGGUGUUGUUUCUUCCCAUCCUUUAUCAAUGGCUGCAAAACCACCUGAGGGGGGAAGUGGAAGAGCCAGAACAGAGGCUCUGCCAUUCUGCCAUCAAGAAGCUGAGAGAAUAUAUCCAGCUGAAUUUCCCAGUGGAUGAAGGCAAACUACAUCAUGGUAUGAGUCCUGUGGAUGCUGAGAUUUGUACUGUUUACCUCACCAAGGAUCCAGGGAAAGUGGAGUCUCUUGGCCUAAGCUUUGGGAACAUCCCUGCUUUGGGGGACUAUGGAGAGAAGCGGAGAAUUGGGAAAAAAAAGAAGGGCCAUAAGGGUCCCGUACUUGAUGUUGGAAGUAUCUGGGUCACAGACUUGAAAAAAAACAGCCCAGCAGGGAAAUGUGGAAAAGUUCGCUUGCGAGAUGAGAUCCUUUCACUGAAUGGACAAUUGAUGGUCGGGGUGGAUAUCAGUGGUGCUAGCUACCUUGCUGAUCAGUGCUGGAAUGGCGGCUUCAUCUACCUGAUCAUGUUGCGUCGCAUCAAGCGCAAGGCCCCUCUUCCUCCAACAAAUGGCAACAACAGCAACAGCAGCAAUGAGCCCAAAGCCAGGCCUACCUCAGAGCCCAGUGGAAAAACAGCCCAGAAUGGUAAAAGGACUAGAAAGUUUGGAGUCAUUACCAGGACUUCUCCCAGUGGUAAGGAAAGCAAAGGCAGCAAAGGCAGUCCAAGAACUGAGCCUGAGAAUGGACACUGCACUCUCAUGGACACAGACAGGUUACGUCCGGAGACAUCCAAAACAGAGAGCAGAGGGGAGGAUCUCCUUCAGAAAAUGGACUCUCCUUUUCUGGCAGGACAAUAUCGGUCUCGCCUUUCAGAUGGAGGAAUUCUAGACCUUAACUCCAGUGAAUUGUCCCUUCAGCGAGAAGGCUGCCGGAUAUGGAAGAUGGCCAUGAUGAAGGGAACAGACGGGCUGGGUAUCCAGAUCACUGGAGGUCGAGGUUCAAAACGCUCUCCUCAUGCCAUCAUUAUUGCACGGGUGGAAGAAGGAGGCUCUGCUCACAGGGAUGGAAGGCUGAAAGUAGGUGAUGAGCUACUAAUGAUCAAUGGCCAGUCUUUGGUUGGUCUCUCCCAUCAAGAUGCCGUCGCUCUUCUUCGAUCAGCUGAGGGUCUCAUCUAUCUGGUAGUUGCAAGCAGGGAAGGGGCAGACGAGGAUUUCCUUAAUUACCCAUCUACAAGUUUGCCAGACUUAAUUAGCACCUGCUCCGCUCAAGAUACAGCUCAAUGGACUGACAACAAAGAGAAUGAAGAGCCAGAUGAGGUGGUGGAAGAGGAUGCCAAAGGAGAGAAUGUGGUGCCAGAAGUCUUAGAACCUGAGACAGAUGUGCCAGAUAUAGAUAAGUCUCCAGAUCCUGCUGGUGCAGAGGAAUCCAAAGAAAAUGGUCAAAGUCCAACUCAAGCAGGUGGUAUUUUGAAGUACAGGAGCCGAUCCCAAGGAGCUGCAACCCGUUUAGAAUCUGUGGGAGAAGAUGAUGAGUUGACAGUAGAAAAUGGAGAUGUGAAUUAUGAAAUAGCAAUAAACUAUUCCCGUGGAGGGAGAAAACAUUCUCUUCCCCAACAUCUGGACACAGGAACAAGACAGGAGUACCCUAUUGUUAAGAAAUCCACACGCUCUCUAAGUGCAGCUCAGGUUGAAUAUCCUUGGCGACUGACUCAACCAUCUAUUAUUUCCAAUAUUGUCUUGAUGAAGGGUCAGGGAAAGGUAAGCAUGCUUAAGACCAUGUUGGGCAUCCGUGGUGACCAGAUCUUAGAAGCAGAUUCAGUAAGUUUGCGACACGCAGCUUUGAGUGAAGCUUAUGCCAUUUUGAGAGAACGUGGUCCAGGCCCAGUUCAUCUGAUCAUUAGUCGCCAUCCCAAUCCAAAGGUUUCAGAACAGGAAAUGGAUGAAGCCAUCACACAAACUACUCAGAAAGAACACAAGGAUGUUUCUUCAUCUCACAGCACAGGAAAUCUUCCAAAAAGUCCAUCCCCUUCGGUGAAAUCUAAACAGACAGAAGCUUCCCUGCCCUUGAGCUGGACAAUGAAGCGCUUCUUGGAGCCAGUGAGUCAGAUGGGGUCCAGCAACUCUGAAACAGAACAUUGUCAGUACUCCUUACAGGACGGUGCAAGCCCAUUGCCACUUUCAGAAACAGCUAUAACAGGCUCUGGUGAUGAGGAGCUACUUUGUCCAAAGGAUGGAAGCAGCUUCCUGGACGAGAGUAUUCUUUCUCCUGGUAUUCCAACUACCAAAGAAUCAAGCCUAUGUGAUUUAUCAGCUAGUGGAAGCAACUCACCUGGCCCUUUCAACAAGCCAAAGGAGACUGGUACUCGGCAUGUUACUUUCAGUGAUAGCCCCAAAGGUGCACGUACUGUCCAGAGGCAGAGAAGGAUUGCUUUCUAUGAUGGUGAUGUGAGUGAGGAGGAUGACUUUGCCAAACAAGAUGGUAUCCGGUUUAAAAAGGGAGUGAAGUCUAAAGGUCAGAAGAAAGCAGAGGCAAGCUGUGAUGUUACCAUUACAACUACUCUAGCAGGAGAUAGUGAUGAAAAUCAGGAGAAAGAAUUUGCAGCACAUGUCCACAAUGAUUCAGCUCUAAGUAGCUUUAAGGAGUUGACAGAGGGUGCUGUGGAGCAUAUAGUGGACUCGCCUUUCCUUCCAGUCAAAUCAUUUGACUAUUCAAAUGUGCCAGAGGUUCACCCAAGUCACCUGAGCUUGAAGGAUUUCCGAGAGGCACAAGCAGAAUCUAAGAGAUCCCCUAAACUGGAACACAAAGCAGUCACUCGAGUUAAAAGCUUGAUGAGCAUUGAAUAUCAUGGUAUCUCAAGGCAGAAGAAUGAGGAUCAUGGUGCUUGUAGCAGAACCAGUGGAAGGGUGCUCCCACACAUCCAGAAGACUGAGCCACAGGAGAGUCCUCUUGGGCAGAAAGACACUGAAGUCAUUACCUUAAUUCGGAAUGAGAAUGAAUCAUUUGGCCUGGAUCUGGAAAUUAGUGCUACUCCCUUACGUGUUGUGAUAACAAAUUUGCGACCAGGUGGAGUAGCUGAAAGGGCAGCUAGAGGAAAGCUAGUUCCAGGAGAUGAGAUUGUCUUGAUCAACAGUUUCCCAAUAGAUGGGUCUUCCUAUGAAGAAGUCUGUGUAUUUGUACAGGGCAUUUCCGCAUCUCUCACGCUGGACAUACAGAAAGCUGUUCCUGACAUGAACAGACUUUCAAACGCUGUUGAGUCUUCAGAGGCAGAUAAAACAGUUCACAAUCAUCCAAGCAAUAUUAUCAUGACUGAAGAAGAAAAUAGCCUUACAAAUCAAGAAGAAGCUUUGUAUAAAGAUAACCCAGACUACACAGGAGAAAGGACAGUGCUGCCAUCUGAUGCCAAGAUGAAGGAGAUGCUAGCAUAUUCUUUGGAAACCAGCUGUACCCAGGACAGCAGCUAUGCCCAGGAUGGCUCAAGAUUCCUAUUAAAAAUAGAUUCUUCAGAAGAAAAAUAUGUUACAUGUUCAUUAACCAAUGAGAACUGUGUGAAGGAAGAUAUUUCGGUUGUGGCAGAAGAUGCUUGUUCUAAUUCUGUAUCAGAUAUAGUUAAGAAAGACCUUCCAGGAAGAACUGUAAAUCAUGAAUCAAACACACAACAGAUCUUGGGAUUUUCUGCCUUGGAUUCCAUUGAUGCAAGCAAGAUUUUCACUGUGAACAAAACCCGUCUCAGUAACUAUUCCAGGAAUUUUAGCAGCUUAAAUGAAGACACUUUGGCUAGAGUUGAGAACAAAAGCAACACAGUUCCAAAAUCCAUGUAUGCUGCUGCAGAUGACUCCAGCUCAGACACAGAAUUUGUAGUUGAAACUGCUGGACUCCCAAGCAAUUCAUCGCUCUUGCUGUCUGCUUGCAAUGAUUCCUUAAAAGCAUAUAAGGCAGUUGAAUCAGAUGAAGAACAAGUUGAAAUUUGCUGUCAGAAUCUGGAACAGCAACAUUUCCCCCAGAAAGGAGUGGUCACAUCUCUUGAAGAAACAUCUUAUUUAUCAGACUGCCAUUCUUCAGGCACCAUUUUGCAAGAAAGCAAGGUAGAAAUUGGGUCACUAGCUAUUUCCAAUGUUAAAUUUCCAUUAGAAGAAGAAGUUUUUCAUUCUCCUUCUGAAGUAUCCCCACCAGGGAUAGAUCUGUUGGAUCAUAAUAAUGGAGGCAGCUCUUUCUACAAGAACAAUUCCGUGAGAGGAGAAAGGAUAAGCUUGGAAAGCAGGGAGAAACUUAUAGAGACAUGUGAGACUUUUAGACAUGAUGCUCAAGAAAUGCCUUUGUGUACUACAAAAACCAUCAAUGGUUGGGAGAGCAACUUGCUAGACAAAAAUGAAUAUGGUAACAAAGAACAAUCCACUACAGAAAAUGAUUUAGGAAUUGACUGUGGCAGCCACAUGGUUGCUUAUCCUUCUGCUUCAACAAAGAAAGGAACCACUGACUCACUUCACUUGACUAAGCCGGACAGCCACCCUGGGGACUGUACAUCACAGAGGACAGCAAACAGCCCCAGAUCUCCCUUCAUGACCAAACCAAAAGAUAUUAAUAAGGUCACAACUGCAAAUGACUUACUGGGAAGGAAUGAAAAAACAAAUGCCAUUUCUGUCUCAAAAAGUUCCAAUGCAAAAAUCCAAACUUCUGGCCAAUGUAAAGGUAUUACCAUUCCACACAGCCCAUCCUCUUUCAGAAAACUGCAUCAGGAAACUAGGGGGAUUCCCCAAAAGAGUAUUGCAGAAACUCUUUCAAAUAAUCAACGGAACAAACCAGGACCGAAGUUAAAGGGACUUACUAUCAAAAGUAAGUCAAAGACUCAUUCAGAUUCUCUUAAUGCUGCUCCUGUAAAAGCUGGUAGCACUGAUCAGAAACAAAAAUCCAUUCCAGUACAGUCAUCACCUAGGCUUCUUCCAAAGAAAGUCACAUCCCUCCAUAACUUAGCCACACAUUUGGAACCACUUAGCAGGAGCCUUUCCAUGGGGUCCAGGAUUGUUCAACAGGAGCAGAAUAAAUUACCUUCAACAGUGCCUCAGGAAUCCCCUUCAGCUAUGUUGAAUAAUGAUGGAAACAUUGUGAAAAACAACAAAGAUAAAUCCAUUAACAACAUGGUGCUUGGCGAUGCUGAAAUGUCUGAGUAUCCUACAGAGCAAAAGGAAAAGCAGGUGCCAAUUCAAUUAGUUAUGAAUAGCAAAGAUAGAAAUAAGAUCAAUGUUGUUGAUUGCCAAACUAGGGAAGAUUCUUCCCAGAUAAGUGCACAUCCCCAAAUUGCAACCAGGGGUCAUUGUUUGAGUGAUAAGAAUGAGAACCAAAGAAUUGGUAUGAGUUGUUUGAAUCAUGAUGGAUGUAGAAUUAGUCCAUUAGGCUAUGACAACGUUAGGCCUUUUAAAAAGGAGCCUCCCAGUGUUCUUUCUUCCCCUGCUCAGAAGGAACAACCAGGGCAAGAAAUUCAACGCACAUUCAUUGAGGUGAGACUAUCUUCUUCCUCCUCCUUCACACCAUCUUCAUUAUUUCCAGAGGUGUCUCUGGAGAAAGGAGACAGUAGCAAACAAGUGACCAGCCAGCUGGAAGCUGAAGUACAAAACUGUAGCCAGAAGACUUCUGAAGAAGUAAAUUUACACAGUGCGGUAAAACCUGUCACACGGACCUAUUCAAUGCCUACCCAUUUAUCAAACCAUUUGAGAGAGGAGAGCAGUACUACAGAUGCACCCACACACCAUGCCCAUAAUAUCCUGAACAAUGUUUCUUGUGAACAGCAUCCUCAUUCUGAUCUGGGCAUGCUAAAAAUUGUCCAUCUGAAUCUGAUGAAUGAUCAGAACAUUCAAGAUGAAAAAGAGGCAUCAAAUAGCAUCCCCAAAUCAAACACUCAAGAAUUAUCUUUGCCCAGUGACAACAGCAGUCGCAUUGUGGACAAAUUAAAAACUUGCAGGAGGAAUUAUUACUAUUAUGAACUCAAUUGGCCACAUGAUCCCAUUUCAUCUUUUUCAGUGAAGCAGAGAAUUAAAUCCUUUGAGAACCUUGCCAAUUUUGAUAGGCCAAUGGUCAAAGCCAUAGACAUACAUUCUACCUCUUUGAGCUCCAAGCUUCCUGUUGGGAGGCGGUUAUCUGGAGGCAUUUCUGCAGUUUCAUCUACCAGUGUAAAUGAUGCAGUCCAGGCACUGCGACGAAGCUUGAGUUCCUACUGUGAAAGUGAAGCCCCACCAUCUCCAGUGAUGACAAAAUCAUCAACUACUGCAGCAAUAAUGCAUCUACAGCAGAAGUCUCCUGAGAACAGCAAAGAUGAUGUUCAGUUGGAGAAGAAUGAAAGAUGUGGUACUUUGGGAAGCCCAGAAAGUUUACCUCUGUCUAGCACCAACCGAAGAAACAGAGCCGCUGGUGGGCACAUCAGGCAUACACCUUUAUCGCGCUCUAAACUCCGGGAACUAAGAGCCUUGAGCAUGCCAGACCUCGAUAAGCUGUGUAGUGAGGACUUCACCACAGAGCCCAAAUCUCCCCCUUUUAAGACAGAACUGGAAGUUCCACCACGUGCAAGAUCUCUUGGUCUUCCCAUAGAAAGUGUUCCUAGUCUGAAUGAUUGCUCAGAGCUUUCAGGUCUUCUAAUGGCAAGUGGACACCAUUCAAAAGAAAGCAGCCCCAGGAAUAGUAGUUCUGGCACUCCUGGGUCAGCAUCUGAUGAGGACGUAGUACAGCAUGAUGUCUGCCAGAAUAAGGUGUGCUCAGGAAAAAGCUGGUCAAUCAGCUUGGAUCAACUUCUGGUUUCCACUCUGGAUCAGCAGAAAUUGCAAUUAGUUUUGUCUUUGGUGACAACAAAAUGUGAUGUUCAUUCUUUGCUUCAAGAGGCCAAAGCACAAGCAGAGAACAAAGAAGAUGUUUACUUUGUAGUCUUGAAUAAAGAAGAAAGCUCUGGCCUAGGAUUUAGUGUUGCCGGAGGAGUAGACCUGGAACAAAAAUCCAUCAUCGUCCAUCGGGUGUUCUCCAAAGGGGUAGCAUCCCAGGAAGGAAUCAUCCACCGAGGAGACCUCAUUCUUUCCAUCAACGGCAUCUGCCUUACUGGUUCUGUUCAUGGGGAUGUACUCAACGCUCUUCACCAAGCAAGGCUCCACAAAUAUGCUGUUGUUGUCAUCAAGAAGGAAAGAGAUGGAAAAAAGAUGUCUUCUUGUGGGUCUGAAAAGUCUCCUCCUACAGGACAAACCUUGGGAGCUGCAACAGUGGGAAGAGGAACAGGUCCAAGUGGAGAGCUGAGUGAUGCCAUUUAUGUUGAACUGCUGAAGACCUCUGCUGGUUUGGGCUUCAGUCUGGAUGGAGGAAAAGCUUCAAUCUGUGGAGACAGACCUUUGCUCAUCAAAAGAAUAUUUAAAGGUGGCGCUGCUGAACAAGAUGGAAAACUAGAAGUAGGUGAUGAAAUUCUUGCUGUUGGUGGAAAGUCCUUGCUUGGUCUUAUGCAUUAUGAUGCCUGGAAUAUCCUCAAAUCUGUCCCAGAGGGACCAGUCCAACUGCUUAUCAGAAAGCAUCAGCCUUCAGCGUGAUGUGAGCAAUACAGUCUUUUGAGUACACCUUUGCAAUAUGUGUACACUGGAACCAUUGGAAAUAUUGCAGGAGCUGAACCUGACUGACUAAUUGCCAUUGUUUUACAUGAGACAGUCCUUAAAUCAGCCAAGGAAUGUCAAGAUUUGUAAGCCAGGAACAUCUCCCAAUUGGUGCACUUAGUUUUAUAAAUGAGCACCAUUCUGCUGCUUCCAGGAUUUCAAAAUCAAAGUGCCACACAUUUUCCAUAUGGACUUCUCUGUAACCAUAUCUUCCCUUUUCCAUAUUGGAGACUUCCUAAUCAGUCAUGUGUGUGGAGCUGCAGCUAUGCAAGGAUUUUGUGUUCAGGGCUUUUCUGUUUUCAGUACAAAAGUUCUGCUGUUAAGUUUGUGAAGUGAACACACUAAUGUGGCUCUGCUUUCUACAUUUCUACAAAGCCUUUGCAGUGGAUAUUUGCCACAUCGCUUGAACUGCCCCAGCCAGAGUCUUGUGGCUGGGACUGUGGGUGAAAAAAAAAAGUCUAAGGCAGUGGAUAUGACUGCAAGGCAUGCCUGAGUCCUGCCCUGUUGUUUAUAAAUUAAUUGCUGUGGGUAGUGUGCUCUCACUGUUUAGAUGUACAAUAAAUGGUACUUUACAUAGGCUGGGUGAAAAUGCUCCAUAGCAUAUUUUAAAAGAUUAUGGUUGAGAUCUUGCAUCAAGAGACAUAAUUUUGAUGGUGGAGAUCCAUCGUCGAGUCUACAUCUCCCAAUGCUACCCCUUGACUACCAGUUCAGUCAGGCAAACCUCAAACAGAAGGAGGGUGACACUGCAUUUAAGUGGCAUAUUGUUGAAAGUUUAGUGCAUUUACAGAAGCAUACGAUUUCUUACAGAAUUUUGCUUUUGCUUUUUAAAAUAAUCUACAGCUGAUCUACUACACUAUUACUGGACACAUGUAACUAAUAAGUGGUUUCCAUAUGGCCUUGAAUAAACACUAUUUUAUUUCUCCUCUCACUAACCUGACUUCAUAUAUUAAUUUUUCAGAUAAAGCUAUAGCCCCUAUUCUAUUUAACUAAUUUUGUAUCAAAAGGUUCUCCAAUUUCUCCCCAUACUUUGACUAUCUCCAUCCUUGCAGCACAGACCAAAAACAUUUAAUUGUCCUUAUUUGAUAUUUUUAUUUUCAAAUAAAGAAAUAAGUAAUGCCUUGCUGAAGUAGACUUUACCCCACAAUGGGGAGAGGGCUGGACUCUUCAUUUCCCAGCCCCCUGCUCUCCAGCACCUCAGAAAUCCUUCUUCUGGGAGGCUGCCUAGCUUCAGAGGUAGGUUUGGGAGUUCACCUUUGGUUGUUAACAACCAUAAAAAUGAAUACCAAAAAUUGCAAAGUCAUAAGUCCAGUUACAACUUUAUAAAUACUGAACAGGAUGCCAGCCUAUAUCUGGAAUAAUUCAGAUUCUAUGAGAUACUGUUUUUGAAUCCACUCUGGCACUAUCUGGAAAGAGUGUUCCCAACACCUUAUGAAAGACACCCGUAUAGCUCACUGGAAGAGUACAUGAAUUGCAUGUAUGAGUUCUUAGGCUAAAAUUCUUCCCCCUCGGUGGAAAAAUCUCAAAUAUCAAGCCAUCCUGUGCCUGAGUACCUAGUAAGCUGCAGCUAGUCAGAGCACCAUUGGGCUAGAUGAAGCAAUAAGGUAGUUUCAUGGGGGAGUCACUGGUCAUGAGGGCACCUGUUCUUCUUUUAUGAAGAACACAUGCCGCGUUUUUAACUGGGAACAGUGGCUAUAGCACUUUUAUAAAUUGGGGUGGGUUUUUUAAAAAAAAAACUCAGUAUGAAUAAUUGUGUGUCUCUCCUUACUUUGCAGAUUAGGAGAAACUUGUCUUGUGUUUGUAGUAACCAUAUGGCAUAAUAUAUCCGGCACAAUCUCACUGUUCUUUCCAAGUGAGUUUCUUCAGAUGUUCCCCCCCCCCCCCAACUUCAAAAGAUCCUGAAACUACAUUUCUACAACUUUGCUAAAGCCAGAACCACAAAUAAUUUUAAAUCAUUAGAUUCAAAAUUCUGCAAGAAAAAGCUCCUAUAAAUGUAUUGAACUCCUAACAGUAAACCACUACAACUAUUUGGGGGGGAUCCAUAGAGGAGAAUAUAUUGAUACAAUGGUACUUUUCUAGAAGGAUCUAGAUGGUAUACAACUCUUUGGAUAUUUCAGGAUUGUGAUUCAAAUACAAGAAACAAAACCUGGAGAGCACCCAGUAAAAUAAGCAGAAGACAAGUCUCAAGGGAUGGUAUUUAUUAAUAAAAGCCCACUGCAUUUUUGUCACAUACAUGCUGUCAAGCACCUUCUUCAGGGGCUGUAUAACAUAGAAAGAGAGAACACAAAUAUGUAAUCAAACAACACAUAAUAUUACAGUGUGUAUGAUAUUGUUAUUAUAUUUGUACACUGCCUGUGGCUUGUUCAUUUUUUAACAUUCACUUGUUUGAAAUUCAGAAUUUUUUGGAUCUUGAACUGUCACAUCUUUGAGACCGUAUACAGGCUGAAAUGUGCUGGGCUUUCUAUUAAUCAUCCAUUGAGCACCUUGAAACCUAUCUUUUCUGUUCAGCAUCCAAGCUGUUUUGUAUCGGUUUUCAUCCUCAAGAACUUAAUGUGUAUUUGGAAAACAAUGUUUGAGAUAAUGUAUCAGAUUUUUAUAAAUGUAAACUUGGGAGUAUGAGACAGUAUGAGGAAAUAGUUCACAACAUGUUCCAUGUGUUUACAGGCCAUGAGCCGACAGCAAAAAAGAGGACUGUGUAGUAAAAUGUUCUUUGUGAUGUAAAAGUUAUGAAUUUGACAUGUUCUAGACAUAAAAGGUCUCUCUAUGUAAGUGUGUUAAGCUUUGUACAUGAUUUAAUAAUAACCUUUGAUGGUCAUACCAGUCCCUAAAUGCUGUUCUUGAAAUUAGCAUACUAUAAUUCUCCAGAAGCCAUCUAGAGUACCCACCUCUCAUAUAAUAGGAAGUCCACCUUGUAGGAUACCAGUAACUUAGCCAGGAAAUAAUGGGAUGGAUUUAUACUUGAGGUCUUUGGAAAUGGAACGAGGUGGAUAUUUCAUCCCCUCUAAUUCCCCCUGCAACCUCUAGUGUCAUUUCCUGCCCCAGAGGAUUAGGAGAUCCUAAGUGUCAGAAGCUGUAAGAGACGGGGGGGGGGGGAUUACCCUGUCUCCUUCCUCAAGUGAGAAGCUUCCAUUACAUACCUGUUCACACAGCCCAACAGGUCAAGCUGUCAAAAAUCUGUACUUUCACUGAAGAGAACAAAAAUGAUUUGUACAAUACAUGAAAAUCAAGUUGAAAAUCAGGAGGUCAUGCUAUAGAAAAACAGAAACACAGGGCUGGGUCACACAGAUGAGAUAGUAAACCUUUCUGGGUAGUGCUACCUUAAACUGCAAGUGGAGAGAUCUCAAGACUUGCUGCUCUUUCAUACAAAAAUAUCCCCAUCACUUAAAACUGUAUGCCAGGAAUCAAGGUUUAACUUAGCCAUUUCCCAGACUUACUAAUUUUCUAUUUGCAAAGUUUAGGGUUUUUUUUGUUUGUUUGUAUUCAUAUGAAGCAUUCGAACAUGUGAUCUCUUAUCAGUAAUUUGAACGAGUGCCAUCCAGGCACAGGUUUACCACUUCAUCAACUCUUUUGUGACAAGUAGGUGAUGAUUUUAGCUACAUUAUGUGUGUUGUUUGUUAGUGUGACACACUAUUUUCUGUAUGAUACUGUAUAUAGACACCAUUAUUUAUAAAAAAAUAUAUCAUUUUAUGUUGAAAACAUUUUUAAACUGCCUUGUUGUAAUAUGAGAAGUGCAAUAUAGGAAAUAGAUUGUACAUUUUCCAAACGUUGCUUUGCCCCAUUUAUGUAAAUUGGUAUCUCAGUUUAAAAAAAGCCAACUCCUUCCCUUCACCUUGUUUUUAGUAAUUUUUGAAAAUAAACUUGAUGCUUCUA